AUCUCUGCCUUAAAGAUUACAUUUCAAAAAAACAAAAAGAAAGAAAGAAAGAAAAAGAUGAAACAUUUGGCUGUGGCACUAAUUCUGUUUCUGUUUGUGUAUCAAAAAUGCUGUGCAGGUGCAGGAGAUGGGUUCAUAAGAACCAGAGGAAUCCAUUUCAUGUUAAAUGGCAGUCCUUUUUAUGCAAAUGGAUUCAAUGCUUAUUGGCUAAUGUAUGUGGCUUCUGAUCCUUCUCAGAGACACAAAGUCUCCACUGCAUUUCAACAAGCUUCAAGCCAUGGCCUCACUGUUGCAAGAACUUGGGCUUUCAGUGAUGGUGGAUAUAAACCUUUACAGUAUGCUCCUGGCUCUUAUAAUGAGCAAAUGUUCAAGGGGUUGGAUUUUGUCAUAGCUGAAGCUAGAAGAUAUGGGAUCAAGCUUGUAUUAAGCUUGGCAAAUAAUUAUGAAAACUUAGGGGGGAAGAAACAGUAUGUAAACUGGGCUAGAAGUGCAGGCCAGUAUCUGACUUCUGAUGAUGAUUUCUUCAGAAAUCCUGUGGUUAAGGGAUAUUACAAGAACCAUAUCAGGACAAUUCUUAACAGAUUCAACAAAUUUACUGGAAUACUUUACAAGAAUGACCCAACAAUUAUGGCCUGGGAGCUGAUGAAUGAGCCAAGAUGUACCUCAGAUCCAUCAGGAAGAACCAUUCAGGCCUGGAUAAUGGAAAUGGCCUCUUACGUGAAGUCCAUAGACAGAGCUCAUAUGCUGGAAGCUGGUUUAGAAGGAUUCUAUGGACAAUCAUCUCCUCAGAGGUUGAACCGUAAUCCUAGUUUUAACAUAGGUACUGAUUUCAUUGCAAAUAAUCGGAUUCCGGGGAUCGAUUUUGCUACAGUUCACUCCUAUCCAGAUCAAUGGCUAUCGAGCUCAAACAAUGAGAAUCAACUUUCUUUUCUUAACAAUUGGCUUGAUGGACACAUUCAAGAUGCUCAAUUUGUUCUCAGCAAGCCUAUACUUAUUACAGAAUUUGGAAAAUCUUUGAAAGAUCCUGGCUUCAGCUCCUACCAAAGAGACAUGUUAUUCAAUACUGUCUACUACAAGAUUUAUGCAUCUGCCAGGCACGGUGGAGCAGCUGCUGGUGGCCUCUUCUGGCAGCUUCUUACCGAGGGCAUGGACUCUUUUAGGGAUGGAUACGAAAUAGUCCUCAGUGAGAAUUCCUCGACUGCAAAUGUGAUAUCUCAACAAGCUCAUAAACUCGAUCAAAUUCGGAAAAUAUUUGCAAGGAUGAGAAAUUUUGAAAUGUGGAGGAGGGCAAGAAGGGCUCAAAGGUUGGCUAGAAAUAGAGGGAAGCCUAUUGGGAAAUGAUGGGAAACUAGUCUCUCUUAGAGAUGGAUGGUGUUCGUCCAAGAGGGUGGGGCUAGCAAGGUUUAAUAGAUGAUCAACAUAAUUAAUAUUUGAAGUUUAAAGUCUGAUUGAAUUUGAGGAAGUUUUUAGUGUUCAUUCUGAUCUUAUACAAUUAUCACUUAUAUUUGAAUGUAAUGAAGUUUGUUAAGCAUGAAUUGGAUUUUGUCAUACAUUAUGAGUAAAACAUGGGCUCCUCGAGAACACUUUGUGUAUGUAUCAAAUUAUAUUUCGUAUUUUA